AUGUCAGGACCGAGGCCCGUGGUGCUGAGCGGCCCCUCCGGAGCAGGGAAGAGCACUCUGAUGAAGAGGCUGAUUCAGGAUCAUGAGGGCGUCUUCGGAUUCAGUGUGUCACACACAACAAGAAACCCUCGACCAGGAGAGGAAGAUGGAAAAGAUUACCACUUCUCAACGAGAGAGGCCAUGCAGGAGGGAAUUGACAAAGGAGACUUCAUAGAAAACGCAGAAUUUUCCGGCAACCUGUAUGGAACAAGUAAAGCUGCCGUAGAAGACGUGCAGGCCCAGAACCUAAUCUGCAUCUUAGAUGUGGACAUCCAGGGGGUGAAGAGGAUUAAAGAAACUGACCUGAACCCAAUCUACAUCUCCAUCCAGCCUCCUUCCAUGGAAGUUCUGGAAAAACGUCUGCGGGACAGGCAGACAGAAACAGAGGAGAGUUUACAGAAACGCCUGGAGGCAGCGCGCAUCGACAUGGAGCUCAGUAAGGAGCCCGGAGUGUUUGAUGUUGUUAUCAUCAAUGAUGACUUAGAGAGGGCCUACGAGGAGCUGAAAGAUAUCCUCAAUGAAGAGAUCCAAAAAGUUCAGGAGGCCAAAUCAUAA